AUGGAUGCCGAAGUUCUCCAGAGCAUGGGACACAGAACCCCAAGCAAGCUUACAGCUCUCGACCUUGACAGCGAAGAUGGUUCUACCCUCGCACCUCGGCGUCGCAAACGUACCACUCGAGAUCUCCUGAUGGAAGUGGACCCAGAGUCCGACGAAGAUACUUCAUCGUUCCGUUCAGUGUUCAUCGACCCGGAGACACUGUGCCCGUGGUGCGACGAGCGAUUACCCCCUGAACCAACCCCUCAUCUGCGUAGGCUGAUAGAGGCUGCGAAGCGGGUGUCGCGGCAAGACGAACGGGCGACAAAUUCACUUGGGCUGCAGGCCCCCCUCGUGGCUUACGUGGGUGUAUGCCAGCGGCACCGCUUUGAACGCGAUUGGAUCCCUCGUGCUCGCGAACAGAGAUGGCCAACUGAAAUUGACUUCGACAAGCUUGCGGGACGUGUCCAACGGCUUGAGGGUACCCUCAAGACCAUCGUGGACGAUGUGGAUGAAGACUUUGCCCCUACUCACAAGAGAUGCGCCACACGUGCGCGCAAGGAGAACGAAUUCUGGCAAGAGGUCGUCCGCAAUGUGCGCAAACAGGGCUCACGUCAUGCAGUUGGUGUACGGGGCCAGUUUUCUUCCUUCAGUAAGACACAACCUGGAUACUACGGGGAGCUAGGAUACGUGAUCAUCCACCAGACCCUCUGUGAUCUCUUUCCGCCCUCGGACUUUCACCCGGACGCCAGUCUACCGCUCACACCCACCGACUUCAUUGCACUGGUUCUGGUACCGGAAACAGCCGUUCGUCUCAUCAUCGACGACCUCAACCUUUCCCGACCGCAGGCCAUAGCCACUUUGGAAGCGAGUGCGGAGUAUGGUGUCGCCAUGUUUCCCGCGGACGACACCGAUGGGGACCCAAAGCACAGUGCAGAGCAGCCGCUUGGUGCGACGGAGCGGAUGUUCAUGGCGCGGGCGAGGGCGCGCAGGAAGGAGCUCGAGGAAGAAGAACGUCUCGAGGCAGAA